ACAGAGUCCCACAUGCAAAAGGUUAAAGGUAGGCUAUUAUCAGAGAAACGAAAGAUGGAAGAGGCUGAAGAGAGAAGAAAGGCCAGGGAGGCCAAGAGAUUGGCUAAAGAGAUUCAGGCUCAGAAACUAAAAGAAAGGGCUAAGCAGAAAAAGCAAGAUAUAGAAUCUGUUAAGAAAUGGAGGAAGCAGAGGCAACAAAGUGGGUUUGCUGACAAUGGCGAUGAUGCAGAUAAGGCUUUUGACUUUGAGGAUGGAAAAGUAUUUGAGAGGUCAAAUAAGAAAAGGCCAGGAGUGGCUCCAGGGGAUCGGACAGGAGGUAAGGCAAAACAAGCCUUUGGUAAAGGAAAUAAACAAAAGAAAAGAGAUGUCAAGAACUCUAGAUUUGGUUUUGGAGGCAAAAAGGGGUUGAAAAAGCAGAAUACAGCUGAGACCACGAAUAAUUAUGGUAAAUUCAAUAAGGGUGCUGUUGCUGUAAACAAGAAGAGAAAGAGGUAAAUGCAAUGUUUUUUUGUUGUAUUGAGGAAGUGAUGUCUCGGACGAGCCAAUGACCGAAACCUAGGAAUUUUCAUCUACUUUAAUUUU